UGUGUGCUUUUUUUUCUUUUUAUUUGUUUAAUCAAAAUCUGAUGCCGUGGAAAUUUCGUAAAACCACGAAAACGAGGCUCCCUCCCUCUCGGCUCUGAUAUUUUGCUCCACCGCCCCCUUCCAUCGUGCUCUACGAACCUCAAUUUUUCUCAACUUACAACUUCUUUUCCUUCUUUCUUCAACUUAUUUUGCUUCAGACCGAAGCAAUGCCGGCUCGAAAGCGCGCUUACGACUCUCUCGAUGUUGAUCUUUUGCCGCCGCGACUCCAUAAUACCUUCAACAAUGAACGCUCUCAAGAUGAACAAUCUCAGGAAUCCGAUCGAAGCUCUUCGUCCAGUCAAGGAGAUGAGGACGAAUUUAUCGCCGUGAAACUGUCAGACAUUCGGAAAGAAGUUCAGUGUCCAAUCUGCUUAGGAAUCAUAAAAAAAACCAGAACAGUUAUGGAAUGUCUGCACCGCUUCUGCAGGGAAUGUAUAGACAAAUCGAUGCGUCUAGGUAACAAGGAGUGCCCUGCUUGCCGCACUCAUUGUGCCAGUCGACGCUCUCUGAGAGAUGAUCCAAACUAUGAUACCUUGAUUGCUGUGUUGUAUCCAGAUAUUGAAAAAUAUGAGGAAGAGGAACUGGCUUUCCAAGAAGAAGAGAAAGCUCGUAAUAAGCAGAUCCAAACUUCCAUAGCUCAGACACUUCAACGACAAACUGAAUCUUUGGGUAGGAAACGUUCUAAACCUUCGAGGAGAUUAAGUUCUAGAGGACCCAAAAGCUUCCAAAAUCAUAUUGAAAGUCUAUGCUUUGAUGAGAAUGAGGACGAAAAUGAUUAUGAUGUCAGCAAAAAUUCAUCUUCUGCUGAUGAGCGCAUGGACACUAGACCUAAAAGACCCAGGAGAUGUGGUCCUGUUAGAUUUUCACAGUCUUCUUCAGCUACCGGAGCAGACGGAGCAGAUGGUGGUGGUAUUGAACAUGAAUAUGAAGUUAACAAAGAAAAAGUUGGUGCAUCUUUAGGGCUUGUUGGUAGCUCGGAAAAACUUUCUUGGGGCAAAGGUGGAAUAAGAAGUCACACUAGAUAUGGGGGUACAAAUGGGGGGGCUGGUAAAAUUUCCAGGAAUAACCGCAUCGCGAAGCUGUCAGAUUAUGUUCGAAACUCAGAAAAUGUCAGUGAGGAGGAGUUGGACAUCCACGUUUUGCUCGUUUCCAUGGAUAGAACUAUACCUGCAUUGCAAAGACCAUAUAUUUGCUGCAGGCCUUCAGUGAUGAUUGGACACCUAAGUCAAUACGUUGCUCUUGAAACCUCACUUUCAGUGGACGUUGUUGAAAUAUGCGUGGCAAAAGAGCUUCAGGUGAAACUCGAUCCUUCCACCUCUGAAGCGACAAAGAACCCAUGUAAAGAAAGUGUACAGAUACUAAACGAGCAAGAGACACUAUCGACAGCAAAACUCAAAGCACACAGGCUAGCUUGUGGCUAUCUGCUUUUGGCAUAUAAGAAAAAGGGCUAGAGUUCUGCUGAUGAAGAGGAAUUUGUUUGGCUAAGAAGAAAAAGCACUUGUGCUUACUAGCAAUUCAUCCUUGAAGAUUUUGGCAAAUCUCCAUACGUAUAUAUCAACUCAAGAUACCAAGGGCUAUAAGAAGUUCCUGCUACAGGUCUUUUUCCCCCAUCUGAAUGUGUUGUUUAACAACUCCCUCGUUAGUUUCUUGCUACUGCUUUCUCCAUUUCUCCAUGUAUAUGUGCCAUUUUCAUCAACCUUGCAGUAUUUAACUGACUUUAAACAGAUAAAAGUUCUGAUAAGUGAAUAUAUAUACCAUGGAGUAUGGAUUACAAUCCAUUUUCAUGAUAGUUUAUUAUUGAA